UAAACAGCAUCAACUCUGAAAGAAGCAGAAGACAAUCCGCUUACACAAGAACUCACGAGCGAAUGAGAGGAAAUAUGUCUGGUUGUUUGAGCCAAAAACCGCGUCUACUUGGCACAAACUUGCUCCACAAAACUGACGUUUUAGGGUUCGAUUAACUGUUUUGGAAGAUGUCGGUGCUGCAGGCCGUCAAGAUGGUCAGCCUGGGGUUUGUGGUGCUCUCCUUCAGCCUGGAGCUGCUGGCCAGGCUCUUUGGCCGGCUGAGGCGAAGACGAACCCUCAAUGAGGUCCUCUUCUUCCCCUCAGAGGUGGCCUGUGUGCAGCACCUCUUCUCUCCUUUUCCAGCUCACUCCUGUUCCUGCCCGAUGGCUCAUGGCGUAGAGACGUCCUUCUCCCGUCUCCUCCACUACAUCUUGUCUGCGUCCUCCUCUCUGGACUUGUGUGUCUUCUCUUUUUCCAACAUGGACCUGAGCAGGGCCGUAGUCCUGUUGCACGAAAGGGGCACAACCGUCCGAGUCCUGACUGACCGGGACUACUCCGCCAUAAAUGGGUCCCAGAUCGGGGUUCUUCUCAAGGCCGGGAUCUGCGUGCGACGGGACAUGUCCUCUGUGCUCAUGCAUCACAAGUUUGCAGUGGUGGACAGUCGGCUGCUCAUCACCGGCUCCCUCAACUGGACACUGACAGCAGUGCAGGGCAACAUGGAGAACAUCGUCAUCACUGAGGAGCCCGACUUGGUUCAGCCCUUCAUCGCCGAGUUCCAGCGGUUAUGGGUGGUCAACGACCCAGCCCGCUUCUACCAGAACCAAUGAAUGAUUAGCAGAGCCAGAUACUGAUUCUUUGGCGUUGAAGGUGUUAGGCCUUUAAAGAUCUUUGGUAGUAAGAGGUGACGUUAACGUUUGGGUCAAUUUGAGUCCAAACAAGUUUCAUCAGUGAGAUUUAAAGGGUAAAGAGAGACAGAUGUGAGUUUAGUCCUGUUGCAGCCCACAGUUCUUGGUUUUUAGCUUGUUUUAUUUCCUAACUGUUGAAUCAGUCUGUAGGAACUGUUAUAAAGAUCCUUUCUAAAUCACACAGCUGGUUUGUUUUGAAGGGAUCCUUCUUUUCUCGUGUUUCCUUUAUGCGGUAAAUUGUUUUUAAAUCUGUUUCUGGCUGAAGGUUUUCCGCUUUGUUGAUCAAAUGAAAGUUUUCUGCGUACAAGUGAGUGAUCCUGUGUGUAGCUUGUUUACUAAAACCAGUCCGUAUCCUGUGAGCCUUUAACGUUUAGGUUUUAUUCACUGCAAAGUAUAACAAACUUUAGCUGUGUUGUUUUAUUUCUCCUCAGGUGAAGUUUGUUGUUGCUCUGACACGUUUUUAUGUUGUAGAGUUUCAUCACCUGUGGUUUCCCAACAAACCGCUGAUCUGGUCCGAAUGUGGAAAAACGAGCCACUUCAUGCUCCUCUCAUGGCUGGGCACGUUCUGACUGUUCGUGCUUGUGUCUGCAGCAGGUCUUUAGUAGCAGUGAGAUCUGUAGCGUAGCAGGUAGUCAGAUAUGGGCUGAGGUGUGCACAGAUGGUGUGCAUACCAGUGUUUACUAGAAAAGGUGUGUCAGUGUACAGGAGACAGCUUCAAACAGAAAUCAAAUUGCCCGGAUGUCCUUCAAAAUAAAAGCUAAUGUUUGCAUGACCUGAGAA